GAGAUAAAGCAGAAAUUUCAGUGUUGAACAUUUUAUUCCUGGGUAUGCAAAAGAGAAAGCAUUCGUCGCUUUGAGGUAACUAUCUAUUUUUACUUUUGUUGAUAAUCCCUAAGGAAUGUUUAAAAAUAAAUUAAUUGUAUUGUGGUGACAAAGCGCUAUUAAGCUUUUAAACAAUAAACAAAAGGGGGUUCACUACAAUAAACAAAAAGUUUCUAUUUGGGUCAUCGAGACUAUUUAAUGACAAUAAUAGAGCCAGCUGUUAUUCUUGUUGUAGAUUUGCAGUAGAGUGAAGUGAACAAAUUUUUUAUGUUCACUUUUGUAGAUCUGAAGCUUCUGGAAAUUGUUUAUACAGUUCAGCAUCCUUGUGUUUGGGAAGUAACAAUAUGUUGGUGGACUUGCUACGACUUCUGGUAUCGUUGGAACUUUUUCUCUUCCCAAAUUUUUAUUCCAAUCAUCCUCUAUUUUCUUCCAUCUUUCAAGAGCAGAGAGGUUCUUUCAGUUCUCUGAAAAAUAUUCUAUUUUUCUGUGUUUCCCAUGUUGCUUGUGACAGCAAUAAAGAGGGGGAAGAGCUUAUAAAAGAGGAAGCUGUCUUAAAUUUAAAUGACAAAAACUGGUCAAGUUUCCUUUGCCUUUUAGCUUUGUCCUCAGUUACAGGGAGAAUUAUAUUCUCAUAUUACCCUGAUAUUGGAGAGGAAAAGUUUAAGGUCUGUAUGAACCAAAAAAUAAUUCCCGUAAGCAUGUUUCAAUGAAGGCUGAUCUACACAUAAUGUUUUUUUAUGAAGGCCUUAUGUUAUCUUCAAAAUUUCAGUCCAACCAUUUCGUGCCUCUCGUUCAUUCUUCUUUAAAACGAAAGACUGAUCAAUCACUUAAAUUAUGUUUUCCUAAAAAAGUAUUUACUGACGGUAAUAUGUGUGUAGGUGGUAAAUUACAGACAAAACUUAAUUUCUUAACAAAACCUAUAGUUAAAACAUAUGAAUCACCUGCUAUAACUUCCAGUAUUAGCACAAUUUCCAAAAAUUGUUCCACUGUUGAUAGUACAGAACCUGAAAUGGUUUAUGUUUGUGAAAAUGAUGUUGGAUCUUUUCGAAAAAAAGUUGCUAAAUUAAAGGAAAGUGAUAUUCGUAAACUUAUUACAAAUUUAUUCAUUCCAGAUAACACUUACAAUUUCCCUGUCAGUAACAGGAAAUUUCAGUAUAAAUGGCUUUCUGAUUUUUCAUGGCUGGCAUAUUCGCCUACUAUGGAUGGUGCAUUUUGUCUUCCUUGUGUCCUAUUUGGAGACAGAUUUCCCAGUAAAUCUUAUAAGGUCACCAAACUUUUUUCUGAACCUCAAAAACAUUGGCCAGAUGCAGUACCUUCUUUUAAACGUCAUUGUUCGUCUAAGCAGGGUUUACAUGUAAAUACUUCUCUUCUCUUCAAUUCUUUUAUUGAUAAUAUGUCUGGGGCAAGGCCAUCAAUUGACACAUUGAUUGACCAAAAUUUACAGAAAAGUAUUAACGAUAACAGGCAAAAACUGAUUCCAAUCAUUGAUACAACUAUUUUGUGUGGGCGAAUUGGCAUAGCUUUGCGUGGCCACAGAGAUGGUCCUGAUUCACAACCAAAAAUAGGGGAAUACUCGCAAGGGGGGGCUGGAAAUUUUCGUGAACUUUUAAACUUUAGGGUACGUGCAGGAGACAAUGUAUUAAAAGAACAUUUACAAUCUGCCAGUAAGAAUGCCACAUACAUCUCGAAAACGUCUCAAAAUGCUUUGAUAUCAUGUUGUGGUUCAGUGAUAUCUGACACUAUUGUCAACGAGAUUAAAAGAAAUAAGUUUUUUUCCAUAAUUGCAGAUGAGGCAGCUGAUUGUUCUAAUAAGGAACAAAUGUCUCUGGUUUUACGUUUUGUGGACAGCAGUUGUGAUAUUAGGGAGGAUUUUAUAAGAUAUAUUUAUUGUGAGGAAGGGUUAGCAGGAAAAGAUUUAGCCUCAGUUCUGCUAAAAUGUGUUUCCAAAGAUUUAUCUUUGGAUAUUUUAAAUUGUCGUGGGCAAGGAUAUGAUGGGGCAGGGUCUGUUUCUGGACAUAUAAAUGGACUGUCAGCUCACAUUUUAAGAAUAAAUAGGAAGGCUAUAUACACUCACUGUCACAGCCAUCGUUUAAAUUUAAGUGUUUGUGGCUCAUGCUCCAUCCAAUCUGUUAAAAAUACCCUAGAAAGAGUAAAGGAAUUGUCCUAUUUUUUCAACCUGUCUCAAGUUAGGCAACAGCUCCUAGAGGCAAAUAUUUUACGACAUUGUCCUGAAGCUAAAAAGAAAAAGUUAAUUGAUGUUUGUCGGACUAGAUGGAUUGAACGGAUAAUUGGCUUAGAUAUUUUUCAGGAAUUAUUUGUUGCAAUUGUAUACACUUUGGAGGACAUGAGUAUGAAUCUUGAUAAGAAAUGUAACCGUGAUACUUCUACAAAAGCUACCUCCCUUCUGCAUCUUGUUACUAAUUUUGAUUUUAUUGUUUCACUAGUUGUAACACGGUCAGUAAUGGACUUAUUGUUGCCAGUUACAAAGAUUUUACAAGGAAAAACUAUUGACCUUUUAUCGAGCUUGCAUCUUAUACAAAGUCUUAAAAAUAUGUCCUUAACUAUAAGAGCUUCUGCAAAUGAUUAUCACAACAAUUGGUACAAAGAGGCUGUUUCCCUAGCGUCUACAGUCCGUGUGCAAGAAAAUAGACCUAGAGUUUGUUCUCGGCAGGUACAUAGAAGUAAUGUAUCAGCUGAUACUAUAUCUAGUUACUACCUGCGCAGCUUAACAAUUCCAAUUCUAGAUCACCUAAGCACUGAACUUAGUAAACGAUUUGAACCUAGUUCCUUAGCAGCUUAUGCUGGUCUUGCAGUAAUUCCAUCCAACAUGAUUUCUCUUCUUUACCAUCACCAUCACCAAAAAUCUUGAAAGGAUAACUUCAGAAAUUUUGUUCAGUUUUACGAAGAAGACAUGCCUAAUUCUUUAGCUAUUGAAGCUGAAAUGGACUUGUGGGAAGAAUAUUGGACUUCGUACAAAUUUGAUGCACCAGAUAAUGUUUCCUCUACACUUAAAUUAUUCAUUUUCCUGGCUUUGAAAAUAUAACUGUGGCCCUAAGAAUUUUAGGCACAUUACCAGUCACCUCAUGUGAAUGUGAAAGGUCCUUUUCUGCACUACGACGAUUAAAAAAUUAUAACCGCAGUACUAUGUCUAACGAUAGACUAAAUGGCUUAGCUCUUCUCCACAUCCAUAAAGAAAUAAACGUUGAUAUAAAUGAAGUUAUAAAUAAAUUUUCCAUUGAUAACAGAAGACUAAAAUUUUAAGACAUGACAUGUUUUGAGAUAUAUAACUAAUGAUAAAGAAAUGUUAAUAGAUAGUACUUACCAUGUUACCCCCCCACCCCGUUAUCUUUUUUACCUCUCUGCUCUUUUUCUCUCUCUCCCCCCUCCCCUCGCCCUUUUUCUUUUCAUCUGAUUGUUAAAUUUUUUAGAUGUGAUUGAUAAGAUUUAGGCUAUUUCAUAAAUUCUGUAUACAUCCAUGAUAGUAGUAUAAAUAAUAUUCAGUUAAUAAGGUAACAAAACAGCUAGCUGCAAUGAUAAUACUUGUCUAAAGACGGUUAUACUUUAAGUUAAGGUAACAAAACAGCUAGCUGCAAUGAUAAUACUUGUCUUAAGUCAGCCUGGUGGUGCGAGUAUUUCCCUAAUGCAAUGAUAAUAGUAAGUAGGUAAGGGAAGUAGGUAAGGAAAGUAGGUAAGCAAGGGAAGUAGGUAUAGUAAGUAGGUAAGGGAAGUAGGUAAGGGAAGUAGGUAUAGUAAGUAGGUAAGGGAAGUAGGUAAGGGAAGUAGGUAUAGUAAGUAGGUAAGGGAAGUAGGUAAGGGAAGUAGGUAAGGAAAGUAGGUAAGCAAGGGAAGUAGGUAUAGUAAGUAGGUAAGGGAAGUAGGUAAGGGAAGUAGGUAUAGUAAGUAGGUAAGGGAAGUAGGUAAGGGAAGUAGGUAUAGUAAGUAGGUAAGGGAAGUAGGUAAGGGAAGUAGGUAAGGAAAGUAGGUAAGCAAGGGAAGUAGGUAUAGUAAAUAGGUAAGGGAAGUAGGUAACGGAAGUAGGUAUAGUAAGUAGGUAAGGGAAGUAGGUAAGGGAAGUAGGUAUAGUAAGUAGGUAAGGGAAGUAGGUAAGUAAGUUGGUAUAUAAGGGAGUAUGUUUUUUUAUGCUUCAUGUUGACCUGGUCUACUGAAAUUUAGUUUAAAAUUUUUAGUUUUGAUUGUUGUUCAUUCAUUUAUUCAUUGGUUGGUUUUGACAAUUGAUCAAUUUGACUCAUUUCAUGACAGAUUCAUUUUGUUCAUGGUUGGUUAUAUUACCUGAUGUGCAAGCUGGAAGAAAGAAGAAAGAAGAUUUUGAAUGAAGAAAGAAGAUUUUGACUGGAUUAUUAAUUUAAUCCUCUAAUCUUUAAAAAAUGUUAUUUUUGGAUUUCAUUUAUCUGGAUGUGAAUCUGGAAGAAAGAAGAAAUUUUGCUGGCUGGCUAAUUUUAGCCUUAAUUUUUCUGAAAACAUUAUUUGGCUUUUAUUUAUGAAUUUUAUGGUUGUUUUUUUUUCCAAUAACAUAUAAGAAAUGGACAUGUGAAGGUCCUGUCUGCUGCAUUUUUGAGUGCUGAAAUAGAUAAAUAAGCUAAA